CGAAAUCGACCCUCUUUUUUCUCUUCCUUCCCGAACCCUCGACAACCACCGACAACCUAUACCCAGUUCGCAGGAAGUGCUAUCACCACCCUUCCAGCACUCAAAAUGGCCCGUCGUCCCGCGAGAUGCUACCGCUACUGCAAGAACAAGCCUUACCCCAAGUCCCGGUUCAACCGUGGUGUUCCCGACCCUAAGAUUCGUAUCUUCGAUCUUGGUCGUAAGAAGGCCAACGUGGAUGAUUUCCCCACCUGCAUCCACUUGGUUUCCAACGAGUACGAGCAGCUGUCCUCCGAGGCUCUCGAGGCCGCCCGUAUUUGCGCCAACAAGUACCUUGUCAAGAUCGCCGGUAAGGAAGGUUUCCACCUGCGCGUCCGUGUGCACCCCUUCCACGUCGUCCGUAUCAACAAGAUGUUGUCUUGCGCUGGUGCCGAUCGUCUGCAGACCGGUAUGCGUGGUGCCUUCGGUAAGCCCCAGGGUCUCGUUGCCCGUGUGAACAUUGGCCAGAUCAUUCUGUCCGUCCGCACCCGUGACGCCCACCGUGCCACCGCUCUUGAGGCCCUCCGCCGCUCUCAGUACAAGUUCCCCGGUCGCCAAAAGAUCAUUGUCUCCAAGAACUGGGGUUUCACUCCCGUCCGCCGCGAGGAGUACAUCCAGCUCCGCGAGGAGGGCAAGCUCCGCCAGGACGGUGCUUACGUUCAGUUCCUCCGUGGUCACGGUACCGUCGAGGAGAACAUGAAGCGCUUCCCCGUUGCCUACGAGAACAUCGCAUAA